AGCUAGACCCUUCUCGCAUUUAAAAGCACCCAAUUUGUCUUUGAAAUGGUUGCAUAUUUUCCUUUGUCUGAUUGGCUGCUGCUUAACAUGUGACUUCUCAGAGUGUAUUUUGGGAGAUUUAGUUCAGUAUUGAACUGCUCUUUGUUCCCCUCCCAUUUACUUCCUGUGCAGCAGUUACUGGCUGCACCUGUUUAUCAUCAGAACGUUUAUCCCACUGAUCUGUGACUGAUUCUUGUUGUUAGUAAAGACCUUAACACGGCCAGAGCACUGAGAGAUAUCGGGUAUUGAUGUAACUGGAGUGAAUAAGGGAACCUUCUUCCUGAGCACAGACAUUGGAGCCUGUUAUCAGCAUGAACUCAUAUGUAUUAGACAAACACUUGAAUAGUUCAUAUCCAUCCUUCACUACAGGAAGCAUCAAAAUGAUACCGCAAACUCCACUAGUCUUAGACACCAAUGACUAUUCACAAACAUUGGGGAUAUCACAGCAGAUAUUUAAAGAAUAUGAUGAAUUGGCAGGAACUGUGCAACAAUCAUUAUGUACAGAGAGUAAUUCAGUCAUCAAACAAGAGGACAACAUUUAUGCUUUAUCUAGUGAAAUUAUUAUCCCCGAGGAUACACCACACACAUUUACUGAGUUUUCAAAACAUAUUAAAGAAGGGAAAAGUCUACAGUCUGGCCAAAUGAUUCAUACAAAGAAGAAACCUUUCAAAUGUACAGAAUGUGAGAAAAGCUUUAGAUGGAAGUCUAGUCUAAUAGAACACUACAAAAUUCACACAGGUGAGAAGCCACACACAUGUACUGAAUGCGGCAAAUGUUUUACACGAAUUAAUCAUCUGAAAACUCAUACAAAGAUUCACACAGGAGAAAAGCCUUUCACGUGCACAUACUGUGGAAAAGGAUUUACAAUAAAGUGUAGUCUGAAAACUCAUGAAAGGAUUCACACAGGUGAAAAGCCUUUCACAUGUACAGAGUGUGGAAAAAGUUUUACACGAAUGGAUCGUCUGAAAUUUCAUGAAAGGAGUCACACAGGGGAAAAGCCUUUUACAUGUACAGAGUGUGGAAAAUGUUUUACACAAAUGGAUUGUCUGAAAACUCAUGAAAGGAGUCACACAGGGGAAAAAUCUUUCACAUGUACAGAGUGUGGAAAAUGUUUUACAGAAAAGAGUAGUCUGAAAACUCAUGAAAGGAUUCACACAGGAGAAAAGCCUUUCACAUGUACAGAGUGUGGAAAAAGAUUUACAUAUAUAAAUUGUCUGAAAACUCAUAAAAGGAUUCACACAGAAGAAAAGCCUUUCACAUGUACAGAGUGUGGAAAAAGUUUUACAGAAAAGAGUAGUCUGAAAACUCAUGAAAGGAUUCACACAGGAGAAAAUCCUUUCACAUGUACAGAGUGUGGAAAAAGCUUUACACAAAUGAGUCAUCUAAAAUAUCAUGAAAUGAUUCACACAGGAGAAAAGCCUUUCACAUGUACAGAGUGUGGAAAAAGUUUUACAGAAAAGAGUAGUCUGAAAACUCAUGAAUGGAUUCACACAGGAGAAAAGCCUUUCACAUGUACAGUGUGUGGAAAAAGUUUUACACAAAAGAGUGAUCUGAAAAAGCAUGAAAUGGUUCACACAGGAGAAAAUCCUUUCACAUGUACAGAGUGUGGAAAAAGUUUUAAACAAAAGAGUCAUCUGAAAAAACAUGAAAUGGUUCACACAGGAGAAAAGCCUUUCACAUGUACAGAGUGUGGAAAAAGUUUUACACAAAAGAGUGAUCUGAAAAAGCAUGAAAUGGUUCACACAGGAGAAAAGCCUUUCACAUGUACAGAGUGUGGAAAAUGUUUUACACAAAUAAGUAGUCUGAAAACUCAUGAAAGGAUUCACAAGGGAAGAAACCUUUAACAUGUUUAGAAAAUAGGGUGCUACCUAUUGCACAGCCGAUUAUCUGACACUUUGCAAAUUGGCAUGGUUGAGGAUGUGGUUAGGGGUGUGGUUCACAUGACCUUACAGGGACAUUCCAGCCAAAAUUGGAAUCCACGUGUAUGCAUUUCAGUUUUGAGUAGAAGCAUUUUUGUAAUAUACAUGUAUUAGAAAAAAUGCUUCUAAUAAGUUAUAGUUGUUUCAAAAGUGUAUUUAAGUAUGUCCCAUGCACCAGCAUUUUAAACACAGCACUUGCUCAGAGAGCCUAAGGUGCUUUUACCAAUGACUCAAUUUGUUCAUUGCUGACAUGAUACAAGACCCAUUGGCACUAUGAGCAGCUGCAGUGUUUAAAAUGAUGGUGCACUGAGAGUAUCUAGCUAUGCUACACAUGCACGUGCAGAGAAAAAUAUUAACACUAAAAUAGUGAUAGCUUUUACUUGAAACAUUUUUGCCAAUAUGUGUUUAUUGCAAAUAUGUUUCUAUCCAAAGAUGUAAUUCAUCUUUGUAUUUAAAUUUUGACCAGAGUGUCCCUUUAAUAAAAUAUAUUUUACCAUUUUUUGGUCUGUUAUUAAAGGAUUGAGUGUUUAUAAUAUUUAAUUUAAUACACACACAGCAAAGAUAGAUGAGAGAGAGAUAAUAGAUUCAGUUUGGUAGACAGACUGACAGGUUUGUGUGUAUAUAUAUAUAUAUAUAUACCCGUUAAGGGUCUAGCCAGAUCUGCUGAAUUGGA